AAUAGCAAGGAGCACAACUGCUGGAUUAUACGGCAAGAGUGUGUUUAGUUUUAUGAGAAGCUGAAAACUGUCUUCUAAAGUGGCCAUAGAGUUUGCAUUUCCACCAGCACUGAGUAAGAGUUCCUGUUGCUCCACAUCCUCGCCAGCAUCUGAGUAAGAGUUCCUGUUGCUCCACAUCCUCGCCAGCAUCUGGCGUUGUCAGUAUUUCAGAACUUUGCCAUUCUAAUCUUCUGUAGUGGUAUCCCACUGUGGUUUUAAUCUGCAAAUCUCUAAUAAUGUAUGACAUUGAACAUCUUCUCAUAGGCUUAUCUGCCAUCGGUAUACAUUCUUUAAUGUCUAUUCAGUUCUUUUGCCCAAAUAUUUUUGCCCAAAAUAUUUUUGGCCAACUAUAUUUGCCGAAAUAUUUAGGCUGCAGUGGUUGUAGGGCUAAUGAGCAAGCAAUGAAGCUCCUGGGGAAGCAAACUAGAAUUUCAUAAGAACAAAACAGAGGGAAAGGAGAAAACCUAUGGCGGCUGCGAAUGCCCUGAUGGCAUGUAUGUCAAAUUACUGUCAUCCGAUGGCCAUGAAUUUAUUGUCAAAAGAGAACAUACAUUUACAUCAGGCACGAUACAAGCCACGUUGAGUGGCCCAGGUCAGGUUGCUGAGAAUGAAGCCAAUGAGGUCAGUUUUAGAGUGAUUCCUUCACGUGCGCUGUCAAAAGUAUACGCAUAUUUUACGGAUAAGGUUCACUCACUUAACAGCCCCACUGAGAUUCUUGAAUUCCCAGUUGCACCUGAAAUUGCUCUAGAACUGCUGAUGGCUGUGAACUUCCUAGACUGCUAAAUAAAAUAAAUUAUAAUAAACUCUUAACUCUUUUCAGUAUUUAAUGCCUGUAGUUCAGUUAGAAACUUUUUCAUAUAUAGCACCUUGCCUGUAUGCAGCUGAACUGUAUCAAGUUCAUUGCCAAGCAGAUUAUCUUCUGAUUUUUGCAUAGCAAUAGAAGUUUAAAUUGGUUUGCUACAUCAAUAAAUUAAGAACAUUUCCACAAACUGAGAAACAAACAAAGAUGCCAAUUGGUUAAAAAAAAAAAAUCAUCAUCAUAA